AAAUUUCGCAACUUGCUUAAAUUGUUAUUGAAAUAGCAAGCGCAGGUUAAUCGUAAUUAAUUAAUUAAUUAGAUUAAUUACCUAAAUGAAACUACCUGAACUACAGUAUAAAAGACGCAAGACUUGGUCUUUCGAAAUCGUGACUUCAGAACUGCGCACUUAAAAUCAAUAACUGUAAGGGCCACGCUCUAUACCUAAAUGUGAAACGCCCAGGAGUAACGGGAACAGUCCGAACAAUGUCGGACGAAGAAGAAGACUCGGUGUCCGAGGGCUUCUCUGCCAGCGAAGAUGAGUGGAAGCCCAACAAAGAUGCUCGUGGAGGCGAAUCAUCGGACGACGACGAUAGCGAAUUCGAUGAGAUGCAAGCAGCAGGGGCGGCUGGUGCUGCAGGGCCUAGCGGCCGAUCAUCUGCGGGCGCAUCAAAAAAGAGGGAUCAGAAACCGCCGAGCGGCAUAAAGGGAGCUUCAGUAAAGAAGCGCAAGCCAAGUGGGCAAUCUCUGCGCUCAAAGCUGUACAACAAGUACCGGCCGCCGCCCAAAACGUUUCAAACUUCACCCUCUCAGCAGAACUCGCCAUCAGCGUCGGGUUCAAAAAACGCAAGAACGCCCAAUGAAAGCGGUUCACAGGAUCGGCAGUAUGCUGAUUCCAGCAGUGAAUCCAGCGUGGAGGACUAUUUGGUGAAUCCUGCUGACCUCGAUCUGCGCUCGAGCUUCUUUUCGGCUCAGCCACCGUCAAAGGAUAAAUCGCCAGCGCCGCAAUUCGAUUGCAAUGCAGGUGUUAAAAUUCUCUCCGACUCCGGUUCCGAGGAUAACGACAGCAGCGUCGAGGACAAAGCGACCAAUGCGUUUGACUUCCGCGGGCUCCUAGAGAAUGCCAACAGUCUGGAGCGCACCAGGGAUGCACUGGCCAGACGCGCCGUCACAGCCGCAUCGCCGAAAAACCGCGCCGCAACAAUGGAUGUCAAUGCACUGCUUGCAUUGGGCGAAAAUCCAAAUCAGAACUACGCUAAGGCUAUAGAAUCUGAUAAGGACGAGGUGAAGGAGGAGCGAGCAGGCCGACGAGCUGCAGCAGAGGCCCCGCCGCCUCCCAUGGACGGACCGCCUCGUCUAAGCAAGACCAAGUCGACGCGCAUAAAGCGACACACCAAGACGCGGCCCGUGUCCACUGUGGUAGCUGCUGCUCAAGACACAGACGACUCCGAUUUUGAGGAAGUGGCAGGGAGGAGGAAAUACAAGUAGUUUGUCUACGCUACAGAAGGCUAGUGGCGUGUGGCUUGUCGCGUGUCGCGUUUGGAGCAUGCUUAUGAAAGUUGGUUGUGGCGCUCGAUGGUGUUAAUAGGAUGGCAUCCUGGUAUCUGAAAAACAAAAGCUUCCAAAUUGCUCUGUAUGAGACUGUAGUUUUGUUUUGUACUUUAAUUGUAUUUAUUCGAGUGAAAAUAGAAAUUACUCACAGACGUAAGGAACGGAAUGAAGCUAUGUAGUCGUAUCUCUUCGAUAUAUAGUAUGUACCUAUUUACUGUAACAUAUUGUUAGUCGAUCAGACUGAAGAACUAGCCUAACACAUUCCCCAAAAUUUCACCCCAGUAGAUGGCUUUUGUUGAGAGUGCUUUGCUUUAACCCAAACUAACAAUAACUCCUGAUGAUAACCUGUGAAAGGUAUUGGCCCGUCGCGCCGACGUCAAGCCGACACAGUUCGUGAUUUAUGUAUUGUAUAAACCCCGUGCAUUCGGAAUCUGUACAUCUCUGCGCCACUUAUGCGGGCCUAACCAAGAACCUACUAUGAAAACGAAAUCGAAAGUUCAAUUACUGUGCUAUAGAGGCUUCUGGAAACAAACAGAACACUUAAAAUCUCUUCGAUAUCCAUGAGUUCAGUGUAAAAGAAUGGGGGGUUAAAUGGCCAUGGGGAUGGGGAUGGGGUGACAUCUGAAAGAGAAUUAAAAUACUGUUGAAUUUUUGUAUCUAAAUGUGGUUUAAAUGUCUGCACACACGAGUAUACAGAACCACGAUUAUAUGCAAUAAAGGCCACUCACUAAUUAUGAAUACUUUAUACAAACUGCAUUUACAUACAUACAUACAUACUAUACAAUAGCAGUACAUAUGAUUGUUUUGGGGAGUGUGAAGUUUGCGUUGAGACAAAAGCAAAGUCCAGAAUUCAAGCAGAUUGAAAUUUAAAAUGCAAAUAAUAAUUAAUGUGCAGUGAGCAGAGUGCAGAGUGCAAAACAUUUGUGUAGUUACUUUAUGGCAAUUUCAAGUGUUUCAAACAAAUGAACAACAAAUAGCUAACCUAACCGAUUAGAACUGAUGUUUAACGAAUUUACUUUAGCAAAAUUAUGGCCAUUCCACAGAGUAUUUAGCAUUAGCAUCGCAUAGCAUCUGCAGAGUGAAUUCUGAAUGCAGAAAGCAGAGUAAGAAAAACAGAAUUAAUAAAAGAAUAAGUUACUAAUGAGUCCGUAAUUUUAGCGCAAUUAAGUGAAUGGAAUGUUGAUUGUAAUAUUAAUUCAGUAAUUCGUAAUUCAGUAUUAAUCUUAAAACCGCACUUUAAAUGAUGUAAUAAAAUAAAAGCAAAUGUUAAAAGGA